AUGAAAUUUUUGUCACUUUCUGUUUUCGCGUCGCUCGCAGCCUCGAUCGCCGCUCAAACUACCACAACGGAUGAUUUCACCGCUACCGCAGUGCAAAUCACCUUCACCAAGACCCCAACGGGAGGUGUGUCUUCCUCGGUGACCCCCAGCGCUUCGGCUUCGGCUUCGGCUUCGGCUUCCGCUUCGUCGUCGGGUUCGUUCACCUUGCCCAGCUCUUCCGCUCCUGGUUCCUCCUCGGCCCUAUACCCCAACUCGACCGUCCCAAGAACCUCGUCUCUCGCCUCCAGCAGAGCUGCCGUUUCCACUGUCACAAACUCCGAGACCCCUUUCACACCUUCGUCGUCCAGCCAGGCCUCUGCCGCAACCACCUUGGACGCCGCCGUUGCUACUUCCAUUCUAAACCAACACAACGCCAAGAGAAGUCUCCACGUGGACACCCCAGACCUAGCAUGGGAUGAUGAAUUGUCUGCUUUUGCCUACGAAUACGCCAACUCCCUAAAAAACACGGCCCAGGACCCUUGCUCCGGAAUCUUGGUCCACUCCAGUAACAGACAAAACCAAGGUGAAAACAUCGCUUUCGGCACUACUUCCGACCCAGACGUUUUGGUCGACUACUGGUACGACGAAAUCAAAUCCUACGACUACAACGACGUGACCGGUAUCGAACACGACGGCGAAGAAGUGGGCCAUUUCACUCAGCUAGUCUGGGCCUCGUCUUCUAACGUUGGUUGUGCUGUGUUGCAAUGUGACACCGAGGCCACCUACGGUCAGAACUCCAUCUACUUGAUCUGUGAGUAUUCGCCUGCCGGUAACGUCUACGACGCUACCCCAGGACAAGACGAAUUCUCUUUCUUCAAGUCGAAUGUCUUGCCUCUCAAGUCCACUUGA